GAACUUUUUUCUUGAGACUGUAAACUACAGAAAUAGGUGAGAUCAUAUAUACUACACAGAAUGAACUCGUAUAGCUCAAGCUGGGAGCGUAAUUUUGACCUUCUGGCUAAUGCCUUACAAUCGUUGGAUCGUAAAACAGCUUCUAUCCGGCGCAGCACCAACAAAGUGGUAUCCAUAAAGGACAUCAACAAGGAACGUGAAAGGGUAAAACAGGCCACGAGUACUGCGAACAGUUCCGAUGUUCAAGUUAUACAAGACCAGUUGCGACAGGUUGAACGCUUGAUUAAGCUCGACUCUAAUCUUAAUAUGGGUGAUGUCAAACUGAUUAAUGAAGCCAAAUCCACCCUGAAUGCUUACCAGAGCGCAUGUGAUAAGUUUUACAGGAAAUGCAUUGCCGUGGAAGAAGCUUCACGCGAGAAAAAGAGUAGCAGAACAUUGUCCUCACUUCAUGAUAGAAGCUAUGCUGAGGAAGGAGACUCUACGUUACCCCUCCUGAAGGAUGGCUCGGCCGCGACCGCUAAGACGGCCUUCGAAGAUGAUCUGUAUCAAGAAAUUAUGGCGGAGAGAGUUAAAGAAACACAAGAAAUCGCUGACAGUGUCAAAGACAUUCACGAAAUAUUUGUGAAUAUCAAUGAAAUGGUAGAAGAGCAGGGUGGACAACUUGAAACUGUGAAUGCUAACGUAUCCGCCUCAGAACGUGCGACGUUUAACGCGAAUGAGAACCUGCGUCGAGCCCAUCAGUACCAGGAGAACUCCUACAGUAACAAACUUCUAUUGAUAUUCGUCAUCUUUAUGUUUGUUAUAACGUUUAUUGCUCUCUUUUCGUCGUAAUGGUGCUCUGCUGGAUAGGAAAAGUGCGCGUUCUUUUGGAAACUUUUUAUAUUUAUGAAAUUUCUAGGUGAAGAAUCAAACUGGUAUUCUCUUACAGUAAUUUCAAGUGGUGUGAUGAAAACUUGCAAUACAUAUAUAUAUCUUCUGAAUUCGUUUUGUCAGUUGUGCUUAUAAUAAUAAAAAAA